AUGUCUGUCGUUUCGCUUCUCGGGGUCAAUGUUAUGAACAACCCCGCCAAGUUCACCGACAAGUAUCUCUUCGAAAUCACCUUUGAAUGCCUCGAGCAUCUCGAGAAGGACCUCGAGUGGAAGCUCACCUACGUCGGCUCUGCCACCUCCGACAACUACGACCAGGAACUCGACUCCCUCCUCGUCGGCCCCAUCCCCGUCGGCGUUAACAAGUUCAUCUUCGAGGCCGAGCCUCCUGACACAAAGCGCAUUCCCAUCGACGAGCUUCUGGGCGUCACGGUGAUUUUGUUGACGUGCGCCUACGACGGCCGCGAGUUUGUACGCGUUGGCUACUACGUUAAUAACGAGUACGAAAGCGAGGAGCUCAUCAACGACCCGCCCCCAAAGCCCGUCAUCGAGAAGAUUCGCCGUAACGUUCUGGCUGAGAAGCCCAGGGUUACGCGCUUUGCCAUCAAGUGGGACUCCGAGGCCUCUGCCCCUCCCGAAUUCCCACCCGAGCAGCCUGAGGCCGAUGAGGUCGCCGACGAAGAGGAAUACGGCGCCGAUGAACUUGCCGAACAAGCCAGCAUUGCCGACCCCGCUGUCAACGGCAGCAUGGAAGUUGAAGGCCAAUUGAACGGCGCCAUCGUCAUCGAGGAAGACGAGAUGUCCGAGGAUGGCAGUGUUGACCUCGAGAACGAAUCCGAUGACGAGCUGGAUGGAGACGCCGAGGGCGAGCUCGAACAAGGACAAGACGAGGACAUUGAGAUGGGCGACGAGAUGGAGAUUGAUGACCAUCCGAAACCGCAGGGUAUGGCCAUGGCUCAAUAG